GGGGGAGAAGAGCGAGAGGCGCCGAGAGUUUGGCAGCGACAUAAAGAGAUCCCCCGAGAGCGACGGCCCUGCCGGCCGGAGAGGCACGUCCCACCCCGAUGUAACCCGCCCUGCCCGAGCCCCGGCCCCUGCACGGCGGGCGGCGAAACUUCUCUGCGGGUUCUGGCGCUGGAGCACCGGCCCCGCCACGACCGCCGGGGCUGCGGGUAGGGGAGGAGAGCAGAGCAGAGAACGUCCAGGGUGAUGUGAGCAGAGCCCAGGAAUGCCUUAUGUGGAUCGUCAGAACCGAAUCUGUGGGUUUCUGGACAUCGAGGAGAAUGAGAACAGCGGCAAGUUUCUGCGGAGGUACUUUAUUCUGGACACCCAGGCCAACUGCCUUCUCUGGUACAUGGACAACCCCCAGAACCUGGCAAUUGGGGCAGGAGCCGUUGGAUCUUUGCAGCUGACCUACAUCUCUAAGGUGAGCAUAGCCACUCCAAAGCAGAAACCAAAAACUCCGUUUUGCUUUGUCAUCAAUGCCCUCUCUCAGAGGUAUUUUCUUCAAGCCAAUGACCAGAAAGAUCUGAAGGACUGGGUUGAAGCCCUGAACCACGCCAGCAAAAUUACUGUACCCAAAGCUGGGAGCCUGCCCCUGACUACUGAAGUUCUCAAAAGUCUAGCAGUUCCUCCCGCCCUAGAGAAGAAGCCGCAGGUGGCCUACAAGACAGAGAUCAUUGGAGGGGUGGUGGUACACACGCCCAUCAGCCAGAACGGUGGAGAUGGGCAGGAAGCCAGUGAGCUGGGGUCCCACGCCCUUCUUCGAAGGUCUCAGAGUUACAUCCCCACAAGCAGCCGUGUUCCCACUGGGCCCCCACUUAUUAAGAGUGGCUACUGUGUGAAGCAAGGGAAUGUGCGGAAGAGCUGGAAACGUCGCUUCUUUGCUCUCGAUGACUUUACCAUCUGCUACUUCAAGUGUGAGCAGGACCGAGAACCACUGCGCACUAUAUUUCUCAAGGACGUUCUCAAGACCCAUGAGUGUCUAGUCAAGUCUGGUGAUCUCUUAAUGAGGGACAACCUGUUUGAAAUAAUAACAAGUUCCAGGACCUUCUACAUCCAGGCGGACAGUCCAGAAGACAUGCACAGCUGGAUUAAGGAGAUUGGGGCAGCUGUCCAGGCCCUCAAGUGCCACCCUAGAGAAAUGUCCUUUUCUAGAUCCAUUUCUUUGACUCGCUCUGGAAACUCCAGCCUCUCAGGUGGGCCCAACUCUGUCCUAUGCAGAGGGCGGCCACCUGUGGAAGAGAAGAAAGCCCUCUGCAAAGCCCCCUCUGUGGCCUCCUCCUGGCAACCCUGGACACCUGUCCCCCAGGCCGGGGAGAAGUUGCUUCCAGCUGAAGAGACUCCUGAGGACUCUUUCUUCACACCUCGACUUGGAGAGAGCAGUGCUGCUGGGGUCCUGCCCAGCUCCCGGAUGAGGCACAGAUCGGAGCCCCAGCACCCCAAGGAGAAGCCAUUUAUGUUCAACCUUGAUGAUGAGAACAUACGGACCUCUGAUGUGUGAUGAGACAUAGUGCCUGGGAGGGAGGGGGAGGACUCGAGCAAAGGAUGCCGUGACUCAGUUUCUCUCCCUGUUGGAGGACAGUCAGAGGCCUUUAUGCCACUUGUAUUCCUGUGGAUGCUCUGUGGGAGGGGCCCAUCCAGCUGGCGUUUUUCUUUAAUAUCAAUGCAGUGUAUUUUGUUUGGGAAAAUCACUGGGUUAGACCUGUAGGCAUGCCUAGUGGAGAGUGGGUUGCCUCUUGUUCAGCUACUCCAAGGUCUUCCUGGUGAGGAGGUCGGGAGUCCCGUUUCAUCCCUAACCGAGUUUUAUAUCCUUGUCCUUCUUCUAGUUUCUCCCCUUAUCUUCAGGCCAGGCACAGAAUCUUAGACCAGUCAUCUGGUUUUAUCCUAUUCCUGUUAUUGGCUGAGGUUUGACUGUGACUAGGAGGGUGGUACCCGUCUAGCUGAGGGGAGGAAGGGGUGAUGGAAGACCCAGGCUCCAGUUUGCCUGGGAUACGUUCUGAGGGGAGGUGUUAAAAUCUGGGGGCUGGCCACUGGCCCUCAGAAUGUCUACCAGUGCUGAUCCCCCGAGGGGAACUCCAGAGGGGAAGAAACAGGGACAUCUUGUAAGGUGUGGGGAAUAAUUCAACCCCAGUGCAUCAGCCAAUUUUGGGAGUCACUCUGUUCUUGUUUAGAUGUUCUUUAACCCCAAAUACUGCCAGUGUGAGUGACAGACCUGCCCACCCAGUUUCUGUGUCAGGCCCCAAGGAUGGGUUUAUCAGUGUUAAAUGUUAUGACUGUUGUGAACAGAACAUUCAUUUCCCUUGAUGUGGCGUUACUUGGAAUGUGUGGAAGGGUGAUAAGUGUAUGAUAAUUCACUUGUGUGAUAGGGCAGAUCUCUAUUUUGGAGUUUUAGAUUUGCUUUAAAGCAGCUGCUGGGAAGAGAUGGAUUAUAGUUCAUCCAGCUAAGCUUUUUUCGAUCCAUGUUUUUCCAGCAGAAGAAAAGGUCUGUUUUAGCAAAGACGAACUAUCUUGAAUCCUUGCCUCACAGGUCUUCUUUAAUGGGCCAAUAUUAGUCUAUUUUUUUUUUUUUUGAGGAAGAUCGGUCCUGAGCUAACAUCUGCCAAUCCUCCUCUUUUUGCUGAGGAAGACUGGCCCUGAGCUAACAUCUGUGCCCAUCUUCUGAUGCCACCACAGCAUGGCUUGACAAGCAGUGCGUUGGUGCAUGCCCGGGAUCCGAACUGGCGAACCCUGGGCCGCCACAGCGGAGCGCGCGCACUUAACUGCUGUGCCACCGGGCUGGCCCCUAUAUAUUAGUCUAAUUUUAAGUGCUGUAUUUUGUAUACUCUGCCAGAUUUGCUUUCUAUCUUUUCUUUGUGUUGCCCUUCUUUUUUUUUUUUUUUUUUUUUUGGUGAGGAAGAUCAGCCCUGAGCUAACAUCCAUGCCAAUCCUCCUCUUUUUUUUUAUGCUGAGGAAGACUGGCCCUGGGCUAACAUCCAUGCCCAUCUUCCUCCACUUUAUAUGGGACGCUGCCACAGCAUGGCCUGACAAGUGGUGUGUUGGUACGUGCCUGGUAUCCGAACCUGGGCCGCCAGCAGAAGAGCGCGCGCACUUAACCACUACGCCACGGGGCCAGCCCAUUUGUGUUGCCCUUUGAAUGAAGCCUUGUGGACCUGCAUGAUCAAACCUUGUAAUCUGAUGAGGUUCCAUAUACUUAACAGCAGAGAGAUACAAAGAUAAUCCUGAGAUAUUUAUAUUUUUAAUAGAAUAGAAACUGCAUAGAAACAUUGAUUUAGAGGCUAUGCAGUUGUUGACUAGAGAUUUCUCAGGCAGAAGAGCAUAGAUUGCAUUUCCCACCCAAAUUUUAGGGUGUACCUUCUUCCAUUUGACAGGAAGAUACUAUUUCCAGGGUCCCUGGGAGAAUCUGUCUAUCCAACUGAUGUGGUGAACUGCUACCAGGAAUUUAACAGGGUUCCCUAAAGGGAGGGAGAACUUAACUCAUUUCUGUCUAUAACUUUUAUCAGCUAGAUCAGUUAUAUCUUUAAGUUAAAAAUUAAUGACUAGAGGAAGAGACUGAGAGAAGCAUUUUCACCUCAGUAAAUCUCUUCCCCUUUUAUGUCCAAAUCUAAUACAGAGGCGAAAACAUGACUAGAAAAUCCUUAGUGGCUUGAGGGAAAACUGAUGUUUCUCUCAGGCACUGUGGUUUCCUUGAAGUCUGGUCAUGUUGAGAACUUUCCUUGACUGCACUGCGUUAGAGCUGUCCUUCACUUAAAUUGUUUGGCCUAGUGGUCUUGGUAUAAAAAAGAAAAUCGACCACUGGAUCUCUCUCUCUCUCUUUUUUUCUGUUUUCUGCAGACUCUUGUCUGCUUUUGUCUUCAGAAAUCCUUGUUUGGGGAAUUAUUUACUGAUGAGUGAUCGAGGUUACAACAUACUUCAGGUAGCCUAACAUCAAGAAGCCAUUCCAAAUUCUUAAAGCCCCUUGUUUCUGGUUUCAUCUUCAGAUUUUCCUCAAGAAAAUUCUUUGGGUAGGUCAAAGAUAGUGCACAAUAAGUGAUAUUUCGAACUACUGACAAUAAAUUAGGAACUUUUGAUAUCUCGUGAAACAUUCCCUAAUUCAUGGAAAGAUGUCAUCUUGUGGUGUUUAAAUUGUGAAAAUACCCAUUUCUGUCUUUUUUUUUUUUUUGGUGAGGAAGAUUGGCCCUGAGCUAACAUCCAUUGCCAAUCUUUCUCUGUUUGCUGAGGAAGAUUAGCCCUGAGCUAACAUCUGUGCCCAUCUUUCUCUAUUUUUUGUGUGUGGGAUGCCACCACAGCAUGGCUUGACAAGCAGUGCGUAGGUCCGCACUUGGGAUUCAAACUUGUGAAUCCUGGGCCGCCGAAGCAGAGCAUGGGAACUUAACCACUACACCACUGGGCCCGCCCUUCUCUCUGUUUUUUAAAAUAAACUCUCUGUUAGAUUACUACUGCUAAAUUAAUUGGCCAUUAUAGUAGCUGCUAUGUUGCUUAUUCAGUAAGGUCUGUUUUGAGAAUAUGUUAAAUUAAACAUAAAUCCAGAUUGUAUUAUCACGAUAGAGGGAAAACAAGGACUCUAGUUGGCAGAUACUUGGGAAUUCCAAGUUAGAACAUUGUUAAUGUAGUUCCAGCACCAGAAAAAUAUAACUAUCUUCAAUGAAGCCUAAAACCAUUCUCAUUCCCAAACCUUAUUUCAGAAUUCCUUUUGUGUCCAUAUUCUUACCCUCUGGCCAAUUUCACAUUACAACUUUUUAAUGUCACUACACGUAUGAGCCAAAGAUGCUGCAUAUACGGCCAAAGCAUUUGGUUUUAAACGUAUAAAAUGGAACCAAAUGGAAAAAAUAGGGUGGAGAUGCUGUAUAGGUUAGUAGUUAAGUGCGUAGUCUCUGGAAUAAUCUGAGUUUAAAAAAAAAGACAUGGUACUGCAUUUUCUUUGUGGAAUAAAAACCUUCUCUGAGUUGUGCUGUUUUCAUAAGACUUUUGAAGUGGUCUUGACCCACUGUGUGAACAGUGUUUCAGGUGGUCUUCCCCAUAGCUGAACUGUUUAUUUACCAUCCGCUAUUCUUGAAAGCUUAAGGAUUUGCUUACUCAAAGUCAGUUGAUGGUUGGUAAACAUAGUUUGGCCUUUUGCAUUCUGAGACAUCAUAAAUAUAUUAAGGUGUACAUUGAGUAGAGUGACCUCAGGUCAAAAUAUUGGAGUUACACAUCUAUUUCUGAGCAGAAUGCUGACCUCCCAUGAGAAAGAGUAGAUUUAAAGUCCUGCUUCCUAGUUCACUUGAAGCAAAAGGUUUUUUGCCUUUCUGAAUAGAACUGUGCUCUGAUAGGGGCUAAAAGGACCCAAUAAAUAAAUAGGUUCACUAGCUGACCAGUGGGAUUUGAUAUCUGUUUUCACUAUUAACCAGAUAAACAGGCAUAUAGAGGUAACAGUGUUUUGGAAAUUGAGUUCCCAAAUCAGCUUUGUCUAUAAACUUUGAACAUGUCAGAAAUGGUUUAUUAAAUCUUUUUUACCAAUGUCACUUUUUUCUGUUUCUGUCUUCUGUGUUAUUGCCUGCAGCAGUCCGUUACAGUCACUCAUGCUAGGUAAAGUUUGAAUAAAGUGAAUGUUUGGCAAAAAACAUAGUUAGACCCUUCCCCCACUGCUUAUGAAGGUGUGGCAUGAUUUCAUGUUUUGAUCUGGUGUGUUUCAGCUGUGAAAUGCACUCACUGUGAACACGGGGCUGAGUGCAUGGAAACUGUUAUGCUUCUCAUUUUAUGUGAUCUCCUAACUGGUGUGUAGCAAAAAAUAAUUUUCUAAAACUGUUUUGUUGCUUGUUUUGUAAUAAAACCAUGUGAAAUACUGAAA